CAAAAAGAGAAAAAGAAAGAAACGAAACGAAAAGAAAAGAAAAAAAGUCCCCCAAAGCCAAGGGAUCAGAAGAGCGCUACAAUCCAAAAUUACAUGGGAAGCUCAAGUUUGGCCAGUGCACUUAGUUAAUGCCUAUCACCAGCUUCCACAUAUGUUAUCAACAACAAGCCCACUUUCCGUUUUGUGUUAUUGACAAAAUCAACGUGUUUUCUUGAGAUUGAGCUCUCUUCUGGUUUUUCUUCUGGGUGCGGUUGAAGGGAGCGUUGUCGAUUUUACUGCUUUUUGACUCGGAAGUUGCUUUCAAACUGUUCGAUAAAAGCAAAGUUUGGCAACUGCUGAAAUGACUUUAUGCGGGAGUGUUUCUGCGGCGAGCUUCGGCUGCCAAAGCAACAGAAUAGCUAUUGGAAACUUUCAUUCUGCCGCCUCGAAAUGUGGUUAUCGAGACACUCUGGAUCAAAACAACAUACUAGCAUUUAGGGUUAGUGAAUCCAUUGGAGACGGCCUGAGAAUUCCCGAAGCACGAGCUGUUAAGAUUAGGUCCAGGAACGGUGCCCGCCCUUUGCAGGUAGUUUGUGUAGAUUACCCGAGACCAGAGCUUGAUAAUACUUUAAAUUUCUUGGAAGCAGCGUACUUGUCUUCAUCCUUUCGGACUUCUCCCCGUCCAUCGAGACCAUUGAAGAUCGUAAUUGCUGGCGCAGGUUUGGCUGGUUUAUCGACUGCAAAAUAUUUGGCAGAUGCAGGUCACAAGCCUUUGUUGCUGGAAGCAAGAGAUGUUCUAGGUGGAAAGGUGGCUGCAUGGAAAGAUGAUGAUGGAGACUGGUAUGAGACAGGCUUACAUAUAUUCUUUGGGGCCUAUCCAAAUAUGCAGAACUUGUUUGGAGAACUUGGUAUCAAUGAUCGGUUGCAGUGGAAGGAGCACUCAAUGAUAUUUGCAAUGCCAAACAAGCCUGGGGAAUUCAGCCGAUUUGACUUCCUUGAAGAAUUGCCGGCACCUUUAAACGAAGUCCCCUCCUGAGUGUAUAUGCUGAUAUGUCUGUAACAUGUAAGGAAUAUUACAACCCAAAUCAAUCCAUGCUGGAGUUAGUUUUUGCCCCUGCUGAAGAAUGGAUUUCACGCAGUGAUUCAGAAAUUAUUGAUGCUACAAUGAAGGAACUUGCAAAACUUUUUCCUGAUGAAAUUGCAGCGGACCAAGGCAAAGCAAAAAUAUUGAAAUACCAUGUUGUUAAAACACCAAGGUCUGUCUACAAAACUGUCCCAGGUUGUGAACCUUGCCGCCCGGUACAGAGAUCUCCUAUAGAGGGUUUUUACUUAGCUGGUGAUUAUACUAAACAAAAGUAUUUGGCUUCAAUGGAAGGAGCUGUUCUCUCAGGGAAGCUUUGUGCACAGGCUAUUGUACAGGAUUAUGAGUUUCUUUUUGCUUCAGCGCAAAGAAGGUUGGCACAGGCAAGCAUUCAUUGACAACCCACGAAAUAGUGGUCAAUACUGCAUGAACAUUUAUACAAUUCUUGUGAGCUUCUUCUGGAUCUUGUAAAUCAGGGGUAUAGGCAUUCUUCAGAAUUGUCAUUUCCUCUCCAGUUAUUUGUGAUAUGUUUUUUUAGAAAAAAGACGUGUAUAUUAUCAAUUUACCAAGUUUAUUCUUAAUGAAUUGGGAACAAGGACAAAUUGUGUAUGAAGUCAUGUUACAUAAUAAUCUAGAAAUUGUUAGUAAUGAUA